CAUUGCAGAGAAAACAUCAGAGAUCACGAAUUACAAUAGCAUUCAGUCAACAUGAUCUUCGCCAUCACAUUUAUACUCGGUGUCACUUCCACUUUGGCGGCCGUAUUGGAGCCCAUGAACUACUACCAGUACACGCAAUUCCAAGCGCCGCUCUCCUGGGAGGAUAUUUCGGCAAAAGGACUAAAACAGGCGCUUGGCAGUUGCCAGCAGAGCUUCCAGUGGCAGCGAUGGAACUGCCCGGGACAGGAUUUUGUCCAGAGGAACUCCAAACCGGAGGAGAAGUCACCCAAUCGGGAGGAUGUCUAUGUGGCGGCCAUUUCCAUGGCCGGCAUAAUUCACACCCUAACCAAGGACUGUGCCAAUGGCGUCAUUGCCGGAUGUGGAUGCACUGAGAAUGCCCUCAACGUUCCCUGUGCCCAUGAGCCUGCCAAGGCACUGGAGCAGUACGAAAAGCACUUUGGAUCGGGAUCAGGAGCCACCGGCCACAAUCGACGGGUGGUGGGGGAUCUACUGCAGAGAUCUCUGGAGCAGGAGUGCCGUUGCAAGCAGCCAGGACCUGUGGCGGGACAAUGCCAGGAGGAGGAGUGUGUGGCCGUACUGAAGCCCUUCGAAAUGAUUGCCCAGGACCUCCUCCAGAUGUACGACGAUGCCAUCCAACUGGACAGCGCCAGCAGCAAUCUGAAGAUCAUGUGGGAGAACAUUCCCCUGGACUCCCUGGUCUUCAUGCAGGAUUCGCCCAACUACUGUGAGCCCGAUGCCCGCGGACUGUGGCUGGGCACCCGGGGUCGCCAGUGCUCCAAGGAUGGCGGUGGUUCGCUGGAGGAGCGCCUCUCCUGCCAGCAACUGUGCCGCGUCUGCGGAUAUCGCGUUCGUUCGCAGCACAUCAGAUCCGAGCGGCGGUGCAACUGCAAGCUGGUCUGGGGAUUCCGACUCCAGUGCGAUGUGUGCGUCCAGCUGGAGAAGCAGUACACCUGCUACUAAAAGGGGUGCUUCACAGGAAAUGAAAGCCAGAACUGGGGCGCUGGUCGAGCCCUAAUGCCUUAAUUUAAGUUAAUUUAUUUGA